GCCGGCGAUCUGCGGCCAUGGCAGUGCCGGCGUGCGGCUUCUCGAUGCUCGGUGGCCGGCUUGGCCGCGUGCGGGCGCAGGGCGGGAGCGCGGUGCUGCCGGGGCUUCCGGGAGCAGCCAGGCGCGUGUUCCGGGGCUUUCGGAGCAGCGGCGUGAGGACCAGCAGAGAGAAGAGAUUCCAUCUUCCAGAGGUCGCCACUGUCUGCCUCCCCACUUGUCCCCAUCCUCAGUCAUCUUUUUUAAUAUGUAGUUACACGUUAGUUGUCUAGUUCUUCAUAGUGAAUGUGGUUUAAUCUGACAUCAAUCCUAUUGAUUUGAAAUUUGAGCCUUAGUGUUAUUUUUAUUGAAAAUUAUCUUUGAGUUUGAUAAACUCUUUCCCCAGUAUUGACUGUUCUACAUUAACAGAUUUUUUUUUUAAGAUUUUGUUUUUAUUUAUUUGA